UACAACAUUCACUAUGUCUACGGAUUUUAUGAAUAUUGAUGGUAAUAUAAAAAGAGUGCAGAAGGAAACUUUAACUCCAUAUAAAAUAGCAACUGUCAUUUUAAUUAAGGAAUAUUGCAAUGAAACGACAAAAGCAAUAGUUGAAAGACGUGACUUUUGUCUGGCAGCCUUAAAAUUGAUUCAAUCACCAGACAUGGAGCUCAGUGCACUUUUAAAUAUAUUGUAUUCCCCUGAAUACAUCUUACAUCGGUUUGCACAUCGAUUGGAAAUGCAAUUAAAUGUUUUAAAAGAAGAUGGAGUUGAAGGAUUAUUAGAUUUGUUUGAUAGUGUUGGGCAUCUUAUGAAACCAACUUUGGAUCAUUCUCUUUCUUUGCCUGGCUUAAAUAAAAAUUCAGUUCUUGGACUGUACAUAAGAAGAGUUAUUAUAUUUUUCGAGAAGUUACCUUUUGAUCAAGUUGUAUCGCUUUACGAAGUUUUGAAAAAAUAUCUAGAAAGGAAAGCCAAUACCUCAGAAAGUUCAGAUAUUUCUACAGGUUCCAAAGCAGAGGACACAUAUACACAUGAAGCAAAAACGACUUGGGGUGGAAGACAAGCUGAAUUACUUGUUGCACAGCAAGCACAGGCAUUACAGACAGAUGAACAUAAAGCAAUGUCCCCUACAGAGUUACAAAUUCUGGUACGAGAACUAUUGAGUUGUAGUCCUUACUAUGCUGAAGCUCAUUACUUAAGUUACUUAAAUUGUUUACGAGUAAAUGAAUACUGUGGAGCCAUAGAUAGUCUUUACCAUUGCUUUGAUAGAUUGGCACCCCUUGAAAACAGAACUGCACCUGAAGAUAGAUCCCGUAUUUUUAGAUAUGCUGCUUUAAAUUUAGUAGUUCUACAUGCUCAAUUUAAUCAUAAAGAAGUAGCACUAGCUGCUUUAAAGGAAGCUAUUAUGAUGGCUCAAGAAGCAGGAGAUAAUGUGUGUUUGCAGUUAGCCCAUGCUUGGAUGUAUCAUUUAACUACUGAACAAAAAGGGCUUCUUAUAGAGAGAUCAGUCGGCAAAGCAAGUAUGUUAGGAAUCACCCACACAACUGGUUUGGGUCUUAUUGCGUAUGCCCAUAAUUCUGCUUUAGAAGCUAAAAACCCAUCGCAAGUAUUCGAGACUCUAAUGAAAUCUGAUGUUUUAAAUUGUCAACAUUCCAUGACUGAUUUAAUGUCAAUGACAUAUGCAGAAAAAUCUGCAUUGUGGGCAUAUUACGGUAAAACCGAAAUGUCUUCGGUUUGCGCGCAGUUACUUCUUUUACACAAUACAGGGGAUAAGAAACAGCCCAUGUUCAAUGGGCCAUCUACUUGUCAGGCUGUUGUUAAUGUUGCAAAUAUUUUAGUUGAAUUUAGUGAAUAUUCUUUUCUACUUAAAUGUUAGUUUUUGAAUGCGCAUUUGAUAUGUAUAACUUUUGUAUAUCUGCAGAUAUGGAUGCUUGGUGAACAACUUUAUAUAUUUACUCAGUUAAUAAGACAUGAGAAAUGGAGCGAAGCUGAAACAAUAGCAAUGAAUAUUUCAAGUCUAGACCCUUUGGAAUGUAAAUUCAGGUUAGCAGAAGUUUGUUUAGGAAAAGGAGAUUAUCCGAAAGGCUUAGAGUGUAUUGACAGCAUUGAGGAAUACGAACAAAUAACACCGCAAAAUAAAAUAAGAGCUAUGCUUCUCUUAAGUCAAAUAAUGCACGCGUCCGUUUCGCCUGAAAAUGGAAUGGCCGGUGUUAAUUCUUUGGUACCCCUUAAUACAGCAUUAGAAGUGGCCAUACAAAAUCAUUUGUCUUAUUAUGAAGCUCUAAUUAAAAUGCAUCUUUCAAACACUCAGGUAACUAUUAAUGCAUCGACUUUAGCGAUGAACUUGGUUGAAGAAGCCAUUACUCAAAUUUUGGCUCAUGCUGGAUUUUACGAUCAGGGCAGAGCGUUCGUAUUAUAUGCGAAAUGUUUAGUUGCUACUGCGCCUAUAUGCGGCAGUGCACGAAAGGAAAUUAUUUUAAAGGCUAUUAAAGCACUUUCUAAAGCAAAAGGCUGUUUUACGAAAGUUGAAGCUUAUGGUAGGCUUCGAGAUACGUUAUGUCUAGAAUCUUUGUUUUGUCAUGAGAUCGAUCUUAAGAUUGAACGAAACCAAUACGCUUUCGAGUUCCGUCAGUUGGAUGAACAGUUUCUCACAAAAUUAAAUAACUUGUCUUUGUAUUAG